CUUGGCCUCCUCGCCAUCCUCGAGGAGGAAUCCAUGUUCCCUAAGGCUACUGACAAGACGUUCGAGGAGAAGCUGAAGACCAACCACCUGGGCAAGUCCCCCUGCUUCAUCAAGCCUAAGCCUCCUAAGCCAGGCCAGGCUGAGGGUCACUUCGCCAUCGUUCACUACGCUGGCACUGUGACUUACAAUAUAACUGGCUGGCUGGAGAAGAACAAGGACCCCCUCAACGACACCGUCGUCGACCAGCUCAAGAAGGCAGACAAUGCCCUGAUUGUUUUAUGCUUUGCCGAUCAUCCUGGGCAGUCUGGAGAUGCUGGUGGUGGAAAGGGCAAGGGAGGUAAAGGAGGUAAAAAAUCUUCAGCAGGUUUUAAAACCGUGUCUUCCGGAUAUAGGGAUCAGCUGAACAGCCUCAUGACGACCCUCCACUCCACUCAUCCCCACUUCAUCCGUUGCAUCGUGCCCAACGAGACCAAGACGCCAGGGGCAGUGGAAGCUGGUCUCAUCAUGCACCAGCUGACCUGCAACGGCGUGCUCGAGGGCAUCCGCAUCUGCCGCAAGGGCUUUCCCAACAGGAUGCCUUACCCGGAUUUCAAGCAUCGGUACAAGAUCUUGGCCGCUGAGAUCAUGGCCAGUGAGAAGGACGACAAGAGAGCGGCGGAAAAGACCUUUGAGAAGGCGGGACUCGACCCCGAGCUCUUCCGCUGCGGGAAAACCAAAGUUUUCUUCCGUGCUGGUGUCCUUGGAAAAAUGGAGGAAAUCCGCGAUGACCGUCUGGGAAAAAUUAUCACUUGGAUGCAAUCUUGGAUCCGCGGCCUAAUCGGUCGCAAGGAAUACGGGAGAUUACAAGAGCAGCGUGUCUCCCUAGUGGUUGUCCAACGCAACCUUAAGAAGUACAUUGCCAUGAGCACUUGGUCUUGGUUCGUUUUCUGGCAGAAGGUGAAGCCUCUUAUUAACCAGCCAAGGUUAGAGGACGAGAUCAAUAAACUCAAGGACAGGGCUGAGAAGGCCUGUCAAGACUUGGAACGCGAGUCUGUACGGCGGAAAGAACUUGAAGACUCCAACACUAAUCUUGCUGAAGAGUUGAACAACCUGAGAGUCACCCUUGAAUCUACAAAGGGUAAUGUCUCUCAGUUCAUUGAGGAGAUGGCCAAGCUGUCUGCUCAGAAAAAUGAACUUGAGUGCCAGUUAAACGAUGCAGCAACAAGACUUCAAAACGAAGAAGAGGCUCGUGCUCAAAUGUUCCAAUCAAAAAGGUUAGCUGAACAGGAUGUCAGCACCUUGAAAAAAGAUAUCGAAGAUUUUGAACUGAAUGUCCAGAAGACUGAACAGGAGAAGGCUACAAAAGACCACCAGAUUCGGUCACUCAACGACGAGAUCGCUCACCAAGACGAAAUCAUCAACAAGAUUAACAAGGAAAAGAAGCUCUUGCAGGAGAUGAACCAGAAAACCGCUGAAGAUCUUCAGUCCGUUGAAGACAAGGCUAAUCAUCUUAAUAAGGUCAAGUCGAAGCUUGAACAGACACUUGACGAGCUUGAAAGUUCGGUUGAUCGCGAGAAGAAGCUCCGUGCAGAAGUUGAAAGAUCGAAGAGGAAGGUCGAGGGUGACCUGAAGUUGACCCAGGAGAGCGUCUCUGACAUGGAAAAUAAAUACAAGGAUGUAGAGCAAAACAUCCAACGCAAAGACAAGGAAAUCAGCUCCCUUGCAUGUAAACUUGAAGAAGAACAAAUUUUUGUAUCGAGAGUGCAGAAAUCUAUCAAGGAACUGCAGUCUCGCAUCGAGGAACUAGAGACUGAAGUCGAACACGAGCGACAAGCCAGAGCCAAGGCAGAGAAGAGUAAAGGAACGCUUGCUCGUGAACUCAGCGACCUGAAUGAGCGGUUGGACGAGGCAGGCGGUGCUACCAACGCCCAGGCUGAGCUCAACAAGAAGCGUGAGGCAGAGCUGGCUAAGCUGCGACGUGAUCUCGAGGAAUCCAACAUCCAGCACGAGUCAGCGCUUGCUGGCCUUCGCAAGAAGCACAAUGACGCCGUUGCUGAAAUGACCGAACAAAUUGAUCAUCUCACGAAGAUGAAGGCUAGGACAGAGAAGGAAAAGGAUCAAAUCAGGCGGGAAGCUGAUGAUGCAAAGUCCGCCAUGGACAGUCUUACGCGAGAUAAGGCAGUAGCUGAUAAAGCAAACAAGCAGAUUCAACUCCAGAUCAGUGAAGUAAACUCCAAGCUGGACGAAGCAAACCGCAAUCUUAACGACUUCGAUGCUCACAAGAAGAAGCUUGCUAUUGAGAACGCCGACUUGUUGCGUCAGCUGGAGGAGAUAGAAGGCCAGAUCUCUCAGCUGAACAAUCUCAAGGUUUCUCUCACCACGCAGUUGGACGAUACCAAAAAGAUCGUCGAGGAUGAGGCAAGGGAGAGAAACACUCUUCUGGGUAAAUUUCGUAAUCUGGAACAUGACCUUGACGGCCUUCGUGAACAGCUUGAUGAGGAAUCUGAAGCUAAGGCUGAUGCCAAUCGCCUGCUGUCCAAGGCUAAUGCUGAAGCUCAUAUGUGGCGCUCUAAGUAUGAGUCUGAAGGCAUAGCUCGUGCCGAGGAGAUUGAGGCCGCCCGCCUGAAGCUUGCCGCUCGCCUCGAGGAAGCUGAAUUGCAGAUUGAGCAGUUAAAUGUUAAAAACAUGCAGAUGGAAAAAGCCAAAGGGCGCAUUAUUUCUGAAAUAGAAGAGAUGCAGAUUCAGGUUGAUCGUGCACAGGGUCUGGCCAUUGCUGCCGAAAAGAAGCAGAAGAACUUUGACAGAACUGUUAACGAAUGGAAGAUAAAAGUAGACGAUCUUGCUGUGGAACUGGAUGCCUCUCAGAAAGAAUGUCGUCAGUACUCAACUGAACAUUUUCGGAUCAAGGCCAUGUAUGAAGAAAAUCUGGGACACCUGGAUGCUGUUCGUCGUGAGAACAAGAGUCUGGCUGAUGAGAUCAAGGACAUGAUGGAGCAGAUCAGUGAGGGUGGCCGAUCCAUUCAUGAGAUUGAAAAGAAUGUGAAACGUUUUGAGAUUGAGAAGGAGGAGCUUCAAGCUGCUCUCGAGGAGGCUGAGGUGGCUCUUGAACAAGAAGAAAACAAAGUUCUCCGCGGGCAGCUGGAACUUAGCCAAGUUAGGCAGGAAAUUGAAAAGCGAAUUCAUGAGAAGGAAGAGGAAUUUGCUACAACUCGAAAAAGCCACCAACGUGCAAUAGAUUCCAUGCAAGCUUCACUUGAGGCCGAGGCCAAGAGUAAAGCUGAAGUUCUCCGCAUGAAGAAGAAGCUCGAGUCUGAUAUCAGUGAAUUAGAGGUUGCGCUCGACCAGUCUAACAAGGCCAAUGCUGAUAUUCAAAAGGCAGUCAAGAAAGCUCAACUGGAGCUGAAGGACAUGCAAGCUCGCAUUGAAGACGAACAACGUGUUGCCUCAGAAUACCGGGAACAAGCCAGUGCCUCUGAACGCAAGGCUAAUUCCGUGAACGGCGAACUUGAAGAAUCACGUACUCUUCUGGAACAGUCUGAUCGUGGUCGUCGACAGGCUGAGUCUGAUCUUGCUGAUGUCAAUGAAACCCUGAGCCAUUUGUCUGCUCAGCACGGAUCUCUCUCUAUGGCUAAGAGGAAGCUAGAAAGCGAGAUGCAGACCCUGCAUGCUGACUUGAACGACAUGCUUAAUGAAUCAAAGAACUCUGAAGACAAGGCUAAGAAAGCUAUGGUAGAUGCUGCUCGUUUAGCUGAUGAACUCCGCGCUGAACAGGAACACGCCCAAAACUUAGAAAAAAUGCGUAAAGGACUAGAAGUUUCUGUCAAGGAGCUGCAAGGUCGUCUUGAGGAAUGUGAAGCUAACGCCCACAAGACCGGCAAGAAGGCCCUGGCUAAACUGGAAACCCGGAUGCGUGAACUGGAAUCACAGUUCGACGACGAGACUCGCCGUCACGCCGACGUCCAGAAGAACCUGAGGAAGUGCGAGAGGCGCAUCAAGGAACUCACCUUCCAGUCCGACGAGGACAAGAAGAACCACGAGCGGAUGCAGGACCUGGUCGACAAGCUCCAGCAGAAGAUCAAGACCUACAAGCGCCAGAUCGAGGAGGCCGAGGAGAUCGCCGCCCUCAACCUGGCCAAGUUCCGCAAGGCCCAACAAGAAUUGGAAGGAAUUAGGAACUAGAAGAGACAUUCUCCCAUUGUAUAUAAUGAGUGAUUUCUGAAAAAAAAAUCAGUUCCAAACUUGCAAAUAAAUAAAAUCUUAAAAUUAU